AUGGAGGUUCUGUUUCCUGACAGAUUCAAGGUUCUCUUUGUGGUUCUGAUGUUCCAGAUAUUUCCUUGUGCAGCUGAAAUGGCCAGUCCCAGCUCUGGGUGCCAACUGAGGAGCCUCAGCAGGAUGAACUACUUUAGUGAUGGGGACUUGAUCGUUGGUGGAAUUCUCCAGAUGCAUGGUCUGUUCGUCAAUUUACCUUAUCAUAAAGAACUGAGGCACAUGGAGUGUUUUUUUUUCUCAUUCAGACACUAUCGGCACCUACUGGUUCUCAUUUAUACAAUUGAGGAGAUCAAUAAGGACCCAGAGCUUCUGCCUAAUGUGACUUUGGGCUAUCAGAUCUAUGACUCCUGUGCCUCAGGGAUGAAAUCUUUUGCAAGUGCUUUUGGAAUCCUGUCUGGAACAGAACCCCCAAUCCCAAAUUACAGCUGCUGGAACAACAGGAAGGUUGUGGGGUUCAUAGGAGACGUGUCUUCAGAAUCAUCUCUGGCAAUUGCGUGGCUCUCAGGGAUCUAUAGGUACCCUCAGAUCAGUUACAGCUCUGAAGAUCCAAUAUUUAAUAAAAAAGUAGAGUUUCCAUCUGUCUAUCGAAUGAUCCCCAAUGAGUUAUCAGAAGUUGAUGCUAUAAUGAGCAUGUUUAAGUAUUUUGGCUGGAAUUGGGUUGGACUUAUUGUAUCAGAUGAUGACUAUGGUUACAGGGCAAGUAAAAGUCUGGAAAAAGUAAUGAGAAAAGAAAGUGUCUGUUUGGAUUUCCUUAUCAGACUAAGAUUUACUGAAAAAAGAUCUACUGUUCAUCUAAGAGAAACCGCUAAAAUUAAAGACACAAUCUACAGAAGCACAGCUAAGGUCAUCAUGCUCUUUAUCAGUUUAAAGUUUGCUGACCACACUAAAUUUUUCCUUGAUCCUGAUAAAAUUCCCAAAAAAAUAUGGAUUGCAUCCUCGUCUCUCCCUCAUAUAGCUGAAAUGCGAUAUUUGCCAGUAUUUGUUGCUUUAAAUGGCACUUUGGCAUUUUCUUCCCAACAAGGAGAGAUUCCAGGUUUUAAGCAGUUUUUCUAUUCCUUAAAUCCAUUUAAAUAUCAACGUGACAUUUUAUUCACAAACAUGUGGCAAUUAUUAUUUCACUGCACCUUUCCAAAGAUAAAGAAAAAAUCAUCUAUAAAGUGCACAGGGAAUGAAUCAUUUGAUGAUAUAGAUCUGGCAUCUUAUGAAACAUUUGAUUUCAGAAUAUCUUAUCGGGUUUACACUGCAGUUUACGCAAUGGCUCACGCUCUCCAUGAACUGUACGGCACAAUGACAAGUCACCCUAAAUCAGCAGAGAGUCUACAAGUUUAUUUUAAGCAAUGGCAGCUAAAUUCAUUGAUGCAGCGUCUGAAAUUCAGAACUUCGUCUGGGGAUGAAAUACACGUUGACAACAAUGGAGACCAACCAGCCCGUUAUGAUAUUCUGAAAUACUACUUCUUAAAAAUAGGAAAUGUAAAAAGGAUAAAGGUUGGAAGUUUUGAUGCAUCCAAGUCUGAUGGGAAUCAAUUAUUUUUCAAGAACAUCACCAGUCUCUGGGAACCCUAUUUUUCAGAGUUUGUCCAUUCUCAUUGUAAUGAGCCCUGUAUACCAGGGUACAGAAAAGCUAAAACAGAAGGAAAACCAAGUUGCUGUUAUACCUGUGUACCGUGUGAUCAUGGGGAAAUGUCUAACAUAACAGAUGCUCAGACUUGCAUGAAAUGCUCUAAAUAUGAAAAAUCUAAUUCUGGAAGAAACAGCUGCAUCCCAAGGAAUUCAAAUUACCUUUCCUAUAAAGACCAACUGGGAGCUACUUUAUCCUUCAUCUCUAUAAUAUUAUCCUUUACUUGUGCUGUAAUCCUGGGAAUAUUUAGAAAGUACCGUGAGACUCCUAUAGUGAGAGCCAACAACCAAUAUCUCAGCUGUCUCCUCCUCAUCUCUCUCAUGUUGUGUUUCCUUUCCUCUUUAUUAUUUAUUGGGCGCCCCACACAGAUAUGUUGUCUCCUCCAACAAGUGAUCUUUGGGAUUGUGUUUACAAUUUCUCUUUCAUCUUUGUUGGCUAAAACGCUCACAGUUAUUAUUGCCUUCAAUGCCACAAAGCCUGGGAGCAAGAUGAAGAAGUAUGUAGGAACCCAACUGUCCAUCAUACUAAUCAUUGUAUGUUCUUUAGGUGAGACUGUGAUUUCUGCUGUGUGGUUGGCCUCCAAUCCCCCAUUUGCAGAGGCUGAUACUCUUUCUGAUCCAGACUAUAUAUUUCUGUUCUGUAAUGAAGGGUCUGGCAUUUUUUUAUUCUGUAUAAUUGGUUAUAUGGGAACCUUGGCCCUACUGAGUUUCAUUGCUGCAUUUCUAGCCAAGGAUUUCCCUGACCGAUUUAAUGAGGCUAAAAACAUCACUUUCAGUAUGUUGGUGUUCUGUAGCGUGUGGGUGACAUUUGUCCCUGCAUACCUGAGCAGUAAGGGGAGUAGAAUGGUGGCAGUUGAGAUAUUUGCCAUUUUAUCUUCCAGUGCUGGAUUAUUGGGCUGUAUAUUUAUCCCCAAAUGUUAUAUCAUUUUUCUAAGGCCUGAGCUGAACACAAAAGACCUCGUUGUUAGAAAAUCAUAG